CUGUGCCACAAAAGGUACCCGUGUUUAGAGUUAUAGCUGGAGGUGGUGUCGUCCUCGGUGCUCCUGAAAGGAGAAGGUUGAAGCUCGGAGCCAGCUUUAGGAAUGCCAGUGCCCAAUCAUUGACGACCGGGGCUGGUUUGGCAGGGUCAGUGCCCUCGGGGGACGAGUGGGAUGGGGUCUGGUCGCGGAGCCCCUGGGCAGAGCCGGGGCGAUGCUUCCCACAGCUCCGGUUUCCCUGCCCGCAGCCACAGCCAGAACCGGCCCCUCCGUGCUGCCUUUGACGGGGCAAACUCCCAGCGAGAGGCAGCUGCUGUUACUGGGAAGUUCUUCGGCGCUUCCAGCCGGGGAACAGAACGUUCGCAUGGGAAUUUCCCUGCCUUUCCCCUUGCCAGAAAACCAUUCCUCACCAACCCCCUGUAAAACUUAGCUUUGAAAAACUGUGCGAAUGCCACUCGCCUCCUUCCUCCACACAGGUUUCUGAUCCCGGCGCUCGGAAGCCCUCGGUGCGAUGCCAUCCUGCCACGUGCCGAGUUUGAGGCAUCCACCCAAGUGGAUGUUCCCCCCUCUCCUCCUUUUGCUGGCUAAGCUCGCCUGCGACGCCCAGCCCACGUACCAGUGGAAGGAUGCUGUGACAAGAGAGAGGAUCACAUGCCAGCAGUGCCCGCCGGGGACCUUCGUGGCACGGCACUGCUCCAGGGACAGAGCCACGCAGUGCGAGCCCUGCCCGGAUUUGCACUACACUCAGUACUGGAACUACCUGGAGAAGUGCCGCUACUGCAACGUCAUCUGCGGGGAGAAGCAGGUGGAGGUGCAGCACUGCAACGCCACGCACAACCGCGUCUGCCAGUGCCAGCAGGGCUACUACUCGAACAUGGAGCUGUGCAUCCGGCACUCCGAGUGCCCGCCGGGCGCCGGGGCUCUGAAGCCGGGUACCCCCUUUGAGGACACCCAGUGCCAUGACUGCCCCCACGGCUUCUUCUCCUCCAACUCCAGCACUGACCCAUGCCAGCCACACCAGGACUGUGAGCAGCAGGGGAAGGUGACCAACGUGCAGGGCAACAAGUACCAUGACACCCUCUGCAUGUCCUGCAGACCUGGGAGAGGCAACAGCACACAGGGAGCAGCUGCAGAUGACGACUGCGAUCAGGCCAUGAUAGACUUUGUGGUGUACCAGAACAUCCCCGUCAAGAAGCUGAAGCGCCUGCAGCAGAUCCUGGAGCACUCACCAAAGAAGCAGGCAGCAUGGACCAGGGCAGCCAUCCAGGAGAAAUUCCGGGCUUUCCUCACCCACAAGAAGGAGGAGGACUCUGAAGUCACCAAGGAGCUGCUGGAUGCGCUGCGCAUGGUCAAGCUCCACUCCAUUGAGGAGAAAGUCCGCGAGCGCUUCCAGCUGCCCUGAGAGCACAAACUGGACUUGUGACUUUUUGGGUGCUCUUUGUUUUGGUUUUUAUCUUCUGAGGCUCCAUUAAUUUAUUCAUCUUUCCAAACAUAACUUGAAAAGCA